GACACACUUGUUCAUUGUAUAGGAACAGGAUCCUUGAAUGUCAUAGAUCUCAAUUUGUAUCUGUGCAGUUUUGGAUUACAGAGCCAACAAAAUGGAGCCUAGGACAGGUGGUAGAUGUUAUCUUUUUUAAUUCCACUGUUAGUUUUGACUUUGCAGAUGUGCUGAUCGGUUGGUAGUUGAAAGCAUCGGAUUUUUGAACUUGGAACUCUUAGCCAUGGCUUGACAUUAAAAGGCCUUGAGUGACCUUGAAGGAUGAAGGUCAAACGUGUUGUGUUUCCGAGUGACCAGGCGAACUGGUGCCGAGUGCGGGUCUUGCUGCGCCAACUUAAGGAGCAUUUUCUGCGUGAGGACUGCGACCUUGACAAAUGCGCCCAGUUCCACCAGGAAAUGUACGAGGUGAAUGCCUCCAAUCCGUUGUCGGAGAAAGGUGGGAGAGCUCCGCAGAACUGCAUCAUGUAUGGACUGUUUCGCUUUCUGCAGGAUACCAUGGAUGCUGAGGAAAGAUCACAUGUUGUCAAGGUCACUCUGCCGUUUGUGAUAGACACAGCGCUUCAGAUUGAGAAACAUAUACCACAUGGGGGAUUAUGUAUGCUGGAGCAACACGUGGGUAAAACAGUGGAACUGAGUCGGAAACUUGUGUCCUCCAUAUUGGCCUGUGCUCUUCUCUGUUUAUUUCCUGAACGAGUCCGUGACAAGACAGCCAAGCUGAACUUCAUUAACUUCACCAAUUUCUUCGAAUACCUAACCAGUUCAUCUCAGCAAGCAAAAUUGCGAGGCAUUCUCCAUUACUUUGAUCGACUCCGAGAGAUCGGUGGUGAAAUAAAGGGUUCCAUAAUUUUCAGCAGACAAGUGAUGAAUAAGGAAGACAUACCUAGCCUGGAGAGCUGGCUGGAUUGUGACACAGAGCUAUGCGAGCUUGUGGUGGAUCAGAGUGGGUCUAUAGAGAAAGCAGGAUGUGACACUUUGCAGAUAUCGUUUUCUAACAGUUUUAUAGGUGGAGGUGUUCUCCUUCAUGGCAGAGCUCAGGAAGAGAUACGAUUCAGCAUGUGUCCGGAGCUGCUGUCGUCUUUGUUGUUCACGGAGCGAAUGCUAGACAGUGAGGCUGUGUUAAUUAAGGGCUUUGAGCAGUUCACCCAGUACGAGGGGUAUGCAAGCUCCCUGGUCUACUCUGCGGAUCACAGGGACCAGGCUGAGAGAGAUCAAUCUGGGAAUUUGCAGACUGCCCUUUGUGCCAUAGACGCCGCCUCUUACAAACUUGGCACCAAAGAACGGCAGUACAGAGAAGGCUUUCUGCUGAGGGACUUAAACAAGGCUCUGGUAGGGUUUAAGCUUUGUGAGGAACGCUACAACACGUUGAAAGCCAGUCGUUCAGUCACAAAACUUGAGCAGUCAUCCAGUGAAGAAGAUUAUCAUACUGCACCAGAAAACGCUAGCAAUGAAGUUUCAGAUAAUCCACAUCUUCCAUCAUCAUUGUUAAGCCUUGCUGUGGAGUUGAGUGAGGAUGUGCUAUCUACCGCAGUUAAACAAGCCGCAGCUCUGCAGCAGAAUCGAAGAAUGCAGCACUCUGAGGUGGGCAGCACAGAUGAAGACAAAAAUGGUAACAAAAGUUUUGAGCUGAGUGAUUUUGGCCAAGCCAUAGACCUAAGCAGCAGUCCAAUCCAACACCACACAGGUCCAGAGCUGCUGGGAGUCUGUCUUGACGAUUUCUUGUCAGAUGGCCGAAGAAGGAGUUCAAAUUUAAGUGACUUGGCCUCAAGGAGAAGUAGCUCAAGCACAAAGUAUAGUUCAGAGUUUAGUUCAGAGUUUGAAGAAUAUUACGACUCCUUCCAGAAACAAGACCAAAGGCACUGUACCAUUAAGGAAGAAGUUGGUAGCUCCUCACUGAUGGAGUUUGCCAACCUUUUGGCAGAGAAGCUAUUGCAGGAGGGAUCUUGUGCAGCUGCCCAUAGUUUCCAGGCAGUACAAACUUUCAACAGCAUUCCACUGCCAACUGUAGCAAACAAGCCAAUACCUAUCCGGGCAUACAAAGGAGAUACACAGAAAGAUUUGCAAUCAGUCAUUCCAGAAAAGUCUGCCUCAGUUCAAGAAUCAUUCAGUCCCGUAUCACAUGAGGCCAUGGACAGAGUUUCUUCUAACAUUGUAGACGACCUUGUUCAGAUUGCUUCCAAGGAAGUUGAUCAGUUUUGGCAAGAAAGUGAAAACAACAACAUUGUAGAAAGAUUAGGUGCUGAGAAUCAGCCUUUGCAAAGCUCCCAACAACCUCAUUACUCUGUUGAAGAUGGUCAGACUGGUCAUGAGGACUUGCCCCCAGAGGAAUCUUCACCUGCUACACUAGUCAACUAUGCAAAUUCUUUAGCAAAGAUUAUUUUAAAUCUGGCUCUUCGGGACUUGGCUCAAAGACAGCAUGAUUGCGAUGUUUGCAGAGAGCGUGCAAGCAGUGUAGAUUUUGAUCAGUUUGCCCCAAAGAUUGCCGACAAUUUGAGCGAGGAUGCCAAAACCAAUGCAGAGCAUCUAGAUAAGAUAUUUCAUGAAGACGUUAAGCAUGCUAAGUUGGGACUCAUACUGGCGGAGAAAAUUGUCCAUGAGAUUAUGACAGACUUACGGAAUGAUUCCCAAUCCCGGACAAAACUUUUAGAAGCUUUGAAAACUUGUGAUAAUGUAUCUAAGGAGGCAUUUGAUUCCAGUCAUCAGUCAAGGCAAAAAUGUGUUGCAGAACUGGAGAACUACAACUCGCUAGCAGAUCAUUUAUUGACGUCAUGUUUUGAGGGUGCCAAAGAUGAAAUUACCAAGUCUUUCCAUGAUACCAAAUCCAGAGCUAUAGAUUUUUGUGAAGUGGUAGAUGUCCAACAUGUACCGGAGAUUGAUCACCUGUCACUGGAAGAAGAAAUGUUCAACUAUGCCCAAGCGUUUACAGACAAUAUCAUAAGUGAUGCGUGUCGUGAAGUGAACCGUGGCUGGUUGUUAAAGUCACAUUCGAGAAGAAGCAGCGAGCCUAGUCAGAAAACAAAUAGUAUACAUGCCUUCAUGAAUGGUGGGCUGGAAAAACGUAGUGCUUCUCCUAGCGGAAGGGGGUAUCACCAUGGCUUUAGCAUCAAAAUGUCCCGUUGGCAUUCCAAUGAAGAAGUGAGUCGACAGAAGCGUGGCUUUCAGGAUGAGAUGUUGUCCUCACUUGAUGAACUGCUACAAAGGAGCAAUCCUUACAUACCCAGUCUUGAGCUUUUCCGUAGCGAAAGGCGAGGGAGUUUGUAUAGUGAUCAAGGCAGCUCCCGUCGAAGUAGCUGCUCUGGUUUUCGAGACAGUCUUUUGGCUUCUUUUGAAGAAGAGUUAAUUCUAACCUCUGCUGACCGAAAUGCUUCCAUGAGUUCCACGUCUUCGAAUAAAGGCAAAAAAUCACACAAUCGUAGUUCUAUGUCAUUGUCACCAAGGUCAAAUCACGAAGGUGCUGUCACAAACUGUAAACAUCUGGGGAAAAAUUCUCGGUCCGAGGCUGAGCUAGAUGGAUUAUACCUUUGGGAUGAAGCAGCGCCGGAGUCUGAUGCUGCUAAUGAGAAAGGCGGGUCAAGAAUUCUGCUGUUAGAAGAAACAGAUGAUGGAAUUCUCGACAGAUAUGCUUGCUGCAUGGCUGGUGAUGUUGUUAAAACCGCUGUCACCUUGUCUUCAGAGGAGCCGUUUUUAGAUGCCAGUGACAUUCCCUACCAGUUGUUGGAGGACUUUUCUAACCCUCUGGCUACAAACAUCCUGUCCUCAGCGGUAGCAGAGGCUGCUAGUGUUGUCAAAUCAAAACAGUCACAGGAUUGUAAGAAGCGGAUGCGUGCCAUAGCGACAGGGAACUGGGGUUGUGGUGUGUUAGGAGGAGAUCCCCAGCUCAAGGCUAUGAUACAGUGGGCAGCUGCCUCAUAUGCCCGUGCACCCACCUUACUCUACUUUACAUUCAGCAAUCAGCAGGUGGCACAGCUAAAUCAGGUUCAGUCCAAGUUGAGAGCACGUGGAUGGACGGUUGGAAAUUUAAUGACUGCUGUAAACAGCUUUUGUGAACGAACUUUGGAACAAUAUGACCGGGAUGAAUUACCAAGUUCAGAUCUAUUCCAAGAACUAUUAAGGAUUUAAGUAUUUCAUUUCACUGUGGCUAUACAGUAAUUCUUUAUGGUUGGAUUAUUUUUUUCUGAGCAGUGUAGUACUUAGAUUUAUUUAUUUUGUAUUUUUAUUAUUUUUUGUUUCUUUUUGCUUUUAUUUGUUAUAUUUUGCUUUGGUUACAGUUUUUGUGAGUGUGUUAUUUUUUGGAGUCAAUUUGGCGUGGAGAAAAUAAUUGUUGGUAAGUGAGUAAGAUGCCGAUAGUUUUGUGAUGUCUUCAUGCAGCGAUGCUUCCAAAAGGUAUUAUCCUUGUGGAUGGAUGAACUUGUGGAAUAUGGUCAAUUUCAGUAAGGAGUGUAGAAAUUCUAGCACAGCCCGUCAAAUAAAUAAUGAACCAGUUUGCCAGGGAUGUGGCUGUAGUGGAAGGUGCAAACAAUUUGAGUGCUUUGGCCAGGUAUUUGACAGGUUAAGGCUGUUACCUUAUUUGUACGGUCAAGGGCAUACUCAUGCUGAUAAUAAAGUUCACUAUUCACCAGGCACAGCUUUAAAUAAUAACAUUUUCCUUAGUAUGUUGUACGCCUACAUUGAGUGAUCCUUUUUUUUCUGUAAAGCAAAUAUAAAUGCUUAACAUUAAUGCUUAACAUUAUACAUAUGUUAACAGAUACAGAAUUGUGCAUAACUAUGUGUAUCCCCAUACACAUACAACCAUCACAUUUCCAAACCCUACUAUUGCGUAACUGGUUUAGGGAAGUAGCAAUUUCAAUAAAAGACUUCUUGGAAGCUGUUGCUUUCCCAGCAGAUCUCAGCUAUGACCAACUUCUUUAGCCGCACUCUACCGAACAGAUACUCUGAAAUGUACCACACUUGAUUCCCAGUAUCCACUUUUGACUGACCAGGGAAAAGGAGCGGCUUAUCCGCGGUUUCUAGAAGGGAAACAG